AUGCGCAAAUCUCUAUCUACUCACGCAUUUCGACCAAAACUAAAGGACCGGAGCUCACUAUUAAUGGACCAGCAAGAAACAGCUUCAUCUUCCUAUCGUUCUGCUAGGAAUAUAGUGUUGAAUAAAAUUUCCUCGAGAAAUAAAAGCACGCGAUCACUAAUCAACUGUGAAAACAUAAAAGGCUUAAAAAACGAAAACACCCUGUUUAAGGAGCAAAGCUCUUUUUUUCAUGAUUUCAAUACAGAUAUUCAGCCCAUAAAAGAAAACCAUUGCGAUGAUUCUUAUGAAGAGGAGGAUUCCUUGAUCCAAGAAUUAGCUGAUAUACUUACCUCCAACGAAAAAAUCAAGCUGGUGUCGAGAAAAGAAGUAGAGUUUGCCAAGCCACCGCUAGCAAUGACGAUCAAACCUUUUGCAAAAAUAAAAAUUGAUAAAAAUGCGCUCAAAAACUGCACUAGGCCAAGAGUUACGUUGGGGAAAUCUGAAGGCUUGCUGGAAAAAAGAAUUGAGAUUAGGCCAAUUUUAAGGAAUGAGGCCUAA